GGUGGCCGCAGUUCGUGGUUUACCAUCGAACGCGCAUGAAGUCGUCGCUGGUCGUCGUUUUUGGUUUCUUAUUUUUACGGUGAACAAAAAUGGUGGUGCUGUUCUGCGGUGGCGGUGGUGGUUCGUUGCAGCAACGGUGACUCUUUGCUUUGCGACGUCGACGACGACCGCUUACUUAUCGACCCCCUUUCUGUACGGUGGAGAAAAGCGACAAUCACAGCGUGCCAUCCUGUUGUUCUGCUGCAUGAUCUCCGAAUGUAGCUUUGUGUCCACAAUCGAAGCAACCACAGUGGGAGAGCUCUUUCGCGUGCAGUGAAAAUUGUUAUUCCGUCUGCUCGAGUCGUGUGUGGGUGCCUGUUUGUGUGUGUGUGUGAAGGAAAAGCUCAUCUGUGUGGAAGAAUUUUCAACAGAAAUGUUGGUGGUGGAACGUGGUGAAAAAUUAAAGGAAUAAACCCUUUCCCCCCCGUGCAGCAGUGCAAGACAAAACUGGCUGCGUUUUAUCCCCCAAAAAGGCAGAAGGGGCGUACAUACAGUCGUGUUUGUUUUUGUGCGUGUAGUGUAUGCGCGUGUGUUUUCAUUUGCUCGGUGCGACAAUAAUAGUAGAGUUUUCCCCAAAUCCCAAAUUCGUGAAAUUCCCAUUUGCAUUCGAAAAGGAAAAGAAAUAAAAAACGCAAUCACACUGAAACCAAAUUUCUCCGAAAAAAAGGGGAGCUGAAAUCAAGUAGGCCAUAAAAAGGGUGCUCCAAAUUGGCGAAAAGCAAUACCUUGGUGCAAGUUUUCGGUUGACAGUUUGCCGUGGAGGAGCCAUUGCGUUCCCCCAUUGCGAAUCAAUAAAGAAGUGAACAACAGCAGCAGCAGCAGGCACCUUGUUCAGGCUUUAGAAGCACUGUCUGUGUGUGUAUGAGUGUUGCAACGCAAUAACCCCCCCCCCCCCUAAAUUCUAUUGUGCUGCUGCAUCGCCGCCCUGUCGAAGAGGAGACAGACAUUUUUGGCACGGUUCGGACAAAACGGGUGCUAACACACGCACACACAGACUAACGCGGAAUGCAAGGCACGGCAGCACAACAGCCAACGCGGCCACAGCAGCAGCAACCUAGCCAGCCAGCCCAAAAACAACAACAACAACCUUCCAGAGUGAGCAAUCAGUGCGUCUGAAAGAAGAAAAGACCAUCCCGAAAAGAGAAAGAAACCAAAGGGUGUACACGGUACGGUGUACGACGAUUGUGAAGAAUUAUUUGCCAUCAAAUUCAGUGCCUCUCUCAAACAGAAUCAAAUACAAGCAAGCAAGCAAACAGUGGAAUCCGUUCAAUUUUCAACCACACCCUCUAGCACACGCCCAGCAAAGCCUGACAAAAGUCCUUGAAGCUAGCAGCAAUAAACCGAGGAGUGCGUGCGUGGGUGGUGAAGUUGUCCAGGGAGCUAACAUCAUCGUAUACGUCCUAGGAGGAGUCACUGAGGCGCAAUCGCCCACACAGAAUUGCUUAAUCCUCCGCAGGAACCAAGAAUAACGCAAUAGCAGCAGCAGUGCUUCCGUUUGACUGAGAGCUUUAAAAUACGCACACACACACCACAAGAGACACACCCACAAAAACGGGGUGGGCUGCAUUCGAUCUGUGAACCACUGAUAGUGACAGUGUGUGAGAAUACCUGCAAAGCCGGAAUCAUAAAUCCAAUCGAGAGACGGUCUGAGACGGGGCCUAUAGGAUACAUACAUAGAGGAAUAUAUUUUGAAUUGCGUUGUAUAUGUGUGCCUGAAGGAAGCAAAAGUGCACUACUCUUCUGUCAUACCUCAAGAACGCUUUACUUCUACCACACUACCCAGAGAGAUAGGAAACGUUUAUUUUUUCACCGAUAGUAUCUGACAAGUUCCUACGCGACGGCGGAAGCCAUUUAUAAGCGCGCGUUUGCUGCUGCUUUCUCUCUCUCUCGAAUGAAGACAUAAAAAUUCAAAAUUCCUCAUAGAAGAAGAGAGCACAAGAGCGCGUGAGUCAAGCUCGAGGCAAUUGUGUGGACACGUUUUGCAAAAAGCGUCAAUAAUCGGCCACCGCGUUGCCGCAAUUCCGUCCGUGUCCGGUUCGCGGUUGAUUGACGCCGACGCGUCGGAAGUAAAUGCGUACAUUUGUGCGGGUCGGGUUGUCCAUUGUACGUUACUGUGUGUCAGCUCUACAACCUGUCUCUCACGUCGCCACACGAGCUCAACCGGCGCGAAGAUUCGGUGAUCGCGAUCAGACGCAGCAGCGCGCAUGGUGUUUAAAUUUAGCAGCUUCCCGUGCGGCACAACCUGAGGGACGGAUAUAUCCGCGCACAAACCCCGGUACUGUGUGUGUGUGUGUGUGUGUGUUUGACUGUAUUGGCGGCUCGUGUUUAACACCUCUCACCCCCAGUGCGACAGAGUGAGACCGCUUUUUAAACAAGACGAACCCCGAAAAUCACGCCGUUGGCUGAUGGGCAGCAGAUCGGAUUUUGCUGAAGGUUGCUGAUUCGCAAAGUACACUUAGAAGCUUACGUGGAGAGAGAGAGCAUAUUGUGCUCCCGAAGUAGAAGGAAGUCAAGAAUCCAGCCUACCAUAAUCAAAUCUAUAUCUAUAGACUCUACUCCACUCACACACACUUCGCGUUAAAUGAGCCCGAGUCGGUGCCAUUAUUGUUAUCACUGUUGUUGUUGCGGUAGCGGAAGUCGGAAUCGAGUCGUCAGUACCGACAGCGGACGGAUCGGUGGCACAGGUCCGCUCGGCUGGAUGCAGCUCUGGCAGCGCAAGGUAGCGAUCGCUGGCAGUAGGGAAAAGUUUGCCGAUUAACGCCCGCCAGGCGAAAGCAGCAGCACAAAAGGGUCAAUUCCGUGGACAGGCGAGCAAGGCUAACGUGGUACGGGAACGGUAUAGUACAAGUGAGGAUGGAGGAGCAUUCGGCAAAGUUUUUGGGUGCAGCAGCAGCAGCAGUGGCAGGUGAUGCCAGCACGAAGUUGUCUCACAUGGGUGGGGCGUCGGCGGCGGCAGUGGCCGUUCCUGCGAGCCAGCAGCUGCGACCCGGAACCGGGAAUGCAAGUGAUGCGGAAGUCUGUGAUAGAAGUAACGUGGUUACUAUGGAUGAGUUGGGAGCGAUCUUACCGCCUGCCGGCGGCGAGCCGGUAGAGGACAGCUGUACCGAUACGGACGAUCAGAAUAGCAAUUAUCUAAGCAUUAGCAACAGUCGCAGCAGCAGCUGCUUCGAUCUACCCGGCGAGUGUUCGCCGAUGAUGGGCCCGACGAGAUUGAAGCCGGUAUCGCCGGAGGAGGAGAGCCUGCGGAUGACGCUUGUAAACGAGCGGUACAUACAGUCGGGACAGAUGGGGGUGGUUCUGACACCGGGCGAGCUGCUGGGUGAAGGUAGCAAAGAAUCCGGCCCAAAGCCACGGCUCGACGACGAAGAGGAGGAGGACGAUGACGAUGAGGAUGAGGAUUCGUCCAUGCUAACACAUUCGGCCGCAACGACGGCAACCGUGUCGUCCAACAAGUCCCGCAUACUGGUGGUGGGUGGAACGGACCAGCAACCCGGUUGUUCCAAUGGCAGCAGCAGCAGCAGCAGAGUGCCGGAAGCUGGCGUGUGUUGCAACAUAGUUGACAAUCCGGUCAGCGAAACAGCGGGUGGCAACAGCACGGUGGUCGACAUCGGAAGUACGGGUAAUGCACAGGACGGUAAUGUACGCGCAGCAGCAGUAGCCCCAUCCGGAGCGACAGCUAACGGAGCGGUCGGCAACCCGCACAGCCGGGUCACGACGACACCGUCGAACUUAAGUAAUUGCAGUGGCCUACCGACCGUCACCGUGGUGCAGCUGAAACAGAGCAAAAAUCUCAUCUACUUCCUGCGAUUGAUCUUCAAUCACUGUAAGAGCUCCGGUAUAGGAGAGCCGAGCGUUUAUCAUGCCUUAGUAGUCAUAUUUUUGGAAUUUUUCGCCUGGGGACUGUUAACGAUGCCGGUCAUCAAUGUCCUCAAUCAAACCUUUCCAGAUCACACCUUCCUAAUGAACGGGUUGGUGAUGGGCAUCAAGGGCAUACUGUCCUUCCUGAGCGCUCCACUGAUUGGCGCACUGUCGGACGUGUGGGGCAGGAAGUUCUUCCUGCUAAUUACGGUGUUCUUCACCUGCGCUCCGAUCCCUCUGAUGUCGAUCAACUCUUGGUGGUUCUUUGCAAUGAUCUCAAUCAGUGGCGUGUUCGCGGUAACGUUUUCCGUCGUGUUCGCGUACGUCGCGGACGUGACGACGGUGGAGGACCGGUCACGGGCGUACGGUUUGGUGUCAGCCACGUUUGCCGCUAGUUUGGUUAUUUCACCUGCCCUCGGAGCCUACCUGAACGACAAAUACUCGGAACCGCUAAUCGUUGCCCUCGCCACUGCAAUCGCGGUGCUGGAUGUGUUCUUCAUACUGGUGGCGGUGCCGGAAAGCUUACCGGAAAAGGUGCGUCCCAGCUCGUGGGGUGCACCGAUCAGCUGGGAACAGGCAGAUCCGUUUGCGGCACUUCGUAAAGUUGGUCUGGAUCAAACGAUUCUGAUGCAGUGUGUUACGGUGCUGCUCUCCUAUCUACCCGAAGCGGGACAAUAUUCGUGCAUUUUCGUCUACCUGAAACUGAAAAUGCAUUUCAGCUCGAUCGAUGUAUCGAUCUUUAUUGCUGUCGUCGGUAUACUAAGUAUACUGACGCAGGUCAUCCUAGGUGAUCUAAUGAAGGCACUUGGUGCAAAGCGUACAAUAAUAAUAGGAUUACUGUUCGAAAUGUUACAACUGCUUUGGUAUGGUUUUGGCAGUCAGACAUGGAUGAUGUGGGCAGCAGGUAUCCUUGCUUCAUUAGCGUCAAUUACGUACCCGGCGAUCAGUGCAUUCGUGUCGAUACAUUCCAACCCGGACCAACAGGGAGUGGUCCAGGGUAUGGUGACAGGAAUGCGCGGCUUGUGCAACGGGCUGGGGCCCGCAAUGUUUGGCGUCAUCUUCUACGUGUUUCACGUCGACCUGAACGACGAGCAUAAUGUUGCGAGCCACAGCCUGAACGGUGCCGCCAUCGGGGCGGUAGCGGGCGGUGGCGUGUUCGACGGCUCCGACGCCAAGUUCGUGCGCAACGAGACGCUGCUCGGUGGCUCGGUGCACCAUCACAUCGAGGACGAGUACUCGCAGCUCAUGCCGGGCCCGCCGUUCGUGUUCGGAGCGCUCAUGGUUAUCUGUGCGAUCGCCGUGGCGGCCUUCAUACCGGAGACGCCGAGCGACACCAUGCGGCGGCCAUCGGGUGAGAAGAAAAGGCUCUCGUUGGACGUCGAUUACGAAUACGAGCGUGGGCGUAAAGUAGCGGGCCCACUAUCACCACUGAUGCACCAGGACUCGGCCCAGCUAUAGUUGUGUUAAAAAAGAAAUAAGAGAAAGCCCACAGCUUAGCUCGACAUAAUCCUAAUAUCGGCGUCAUCAUUAGUUUGUACAAUCUCUAGUGUAAGCAAAAAUCAAAGAAGAGCCAAGCACACGGCGUGAAUGCGGUUACGAGAGCGAGCGAGCGAAAAUGCGGUAGCUUAGGGCCAAUCUAAGGGCUGAGGCGGAGUGAUUAACCUUUCGGUUCGUGGCAGGGAAUUGUGGACCGGUAUGCAGUCGACGCGCGAAAUGUGCUGUGUAAAAUGUAUUAGUCUGUUUAUUACUUUGUGUUUUUUGCUCCUGUGUUUCCAGCAUGAUGUUGUGGUCGAGCUGCUGUUAGUAAGGGCAUGAAGAUUUAUAAUUUCGCUAGGAAAAGCUUCUGUUCUGUUUCCCCGCUUUUGUGAAUGAUGGGUUGAGAAUUUAUUUUAACAACAGUUACACUUUAUUUCUACUGGUUUGUAAGAGGGGGAAACACAAGUUGGUUGUCGCCCUCAUUUUGUCGCCCUAUUUUACAUCACGCAUAUGUGUUUCUGUUACGGUGUUGAUAUGAAAGGCAAAAGUGUGAACUUUUAGCACGAUUACACGUUUUUGUUUUUGUUGGGAUGGAAAGCUUUAAGCCGAACUCGAGCUUUCGUGGUUCGUUUCGGAGCACUUGGAACGCAUAAAACCCCUUACACCUUACCUGUAGUUGUGACACAACGAACGUACGCCAUUUUGUAGAAACUUUCGCUCGUAGUUUGUCCAGAUAAUUCUCCACAGUCUAGUCAACCGACGGACGGACGGACACACAAAUACACUGAACAGGCGAGCACCCAGAUAGCAUCGUCUGGGCAGCAGCGGCAGCGUCGGCGGGUGUGGGAAUUCCACUGCGCUAACUAAUCUUGCGUCAUUGGACGGUUGCGUUUGGUCAGUUUUAGUGUUGAUAGCAGCGAGUUAAAGGAACAGAGAGUUACGCACGUCUACCGUCGUCGCCGGUGUAUAUUAGGACUGAAAUGAAGGGAGGGAAAGGUUGGGCAGAGAAAACAAACAACACGUGGAGAAGAGGAGGGAGAAAGAGUAUUUUUUGUCCGUGGUUCGCUUAGUCUACGGCAAGAAAACCGAGUGAUAGUAGGAUUAGAUUAUCGAUUAGGGUGGAGAAAGGGAAAGAGAAGGAAGAGGAAAUAAUCGAGCAGCUAGUGUUGUGUGCAUGUGUGUCGGACGGAGAAAAGCAUCAGCAGUAGCAGCAGCAGCAGCAGCAUGUACGAAAAAGGCUCCUACCAAUAUUAGCUUUCCUGCCGUGCCUGCUCUUUGGGUGAUAUGUUUUAAGUGUAUGCGUGUAAAAAUUAUGUUAAAAUAGUAUGUUGCCAGAAUUUAACAGACGCUAUCGUUUUUUGGCUUUGAUUCGAGUUUAAUAAUCUACCUACAGGAGGGAAGGAGGAGAUGGUUCUAAAACUCGUUUACCAUCCGUAAACAGUAUGGUUAGAGAGUUUGAUAAACGGACGUUACUCUCAGUGUGUUGUUGAGAGCAUUUUUACUUACACACACACAGACCGCAGGUAGUGAAUUUUGUAAAAGAUUUCCUUUCCAUUACGCUGCUAAUACGUUACAGAGACAGAGAGAGAGAGAGUGAAAAGCGCACUUUUAAAAUACCAAUAUACACAGUACACAGUACACGGCGACGCCGCAAAGGAACAAUUGGGCUGAUUUAUGUGUGUGUGCCGUUUAAUUGGACUCUUCAUAUUGCGAGGCGGCAUCCUGUGGAGAGUAUUUAAAGAUAAUUACGCGCCAUACACCAGCACGACGGAAGCAUCUUUUUAGUGUGUAAUAUAACGCAAACAACAACUGCUGCAGCAAUUCAAAUGUACAUGUAAAAAAAGAAUGAAGAGGAAAAUUACAAAAAAAAAAAAAAAGUUAUAGCAGUAUCAGAAUUCAAGCAAACACAAGCCGAAAAAGUAAAAUUAGCGAUUUAAUAGUGUCACGUGUUGAUGCUCUCUUGUUACGCUGCAGUACGUCGAACAUCGAUCUAUCGAACGAGAUACGCAAACCCAACACAGACAAACACACACAAACACACUGUUAGUCCAAAGAUUAUGAAUUAACUUGAACUACUAGUGGUAGAGCGUUAGUAUUAAACAAAAAAGGCAUCAAAAACAUCCCGAGAAUGCGAGUUUUUUUUUGUAAGAUGCCAGUACGCCGACGAUAACAGAUAAACAGAAACAAAACCAACAAUAAAUACCAACCCAAGCAUA